UGGGUUGGAAAUGGAGUGACCUAUACAAAUGCUAGUAAGUUUCUGAGCACAUGAACAAAUGAGCAAUAGCAUUUCAUAGUAGUCUGGCUAGAGCAGCUAAGAAUGGAAGGUAGAAUAUGGGCUUGUGUCCUGCAUUGCCUAAGUAUUUUGGCUAUUGUGUUGUUUAAAUUAUUGACAACAUUUCUGAUACUUCCUUAAUUAUCCAUUUUUUGGAAUUAUGCUGAUUAAAUUUUUCCCUAACAGUUUGAUAAAGGGAGACCCAGCAGCAUCUUUGCCCAUUAUCAGCUAUUCUCUUACUUCAUACUCACCUUACGUAACCGAACUCCUGAUGGAAUCCAAUGAAGAACUCAUAGCAAAGAAUGAUGUGCGCUUUACAGAUACUGUCUAUAAGCUUCUUCGUGAUCAGUUUGAUUAUAAACCAAUAUUGACGAAAAAGCAAUUUAUACAAUGUGGAUUUGCAGAAUGGAAAAUCCAAAUUAUUUGUGAUAUUUUGAAUUGUGUGAUGAAAAAGCACAAGGAAUUGACAGGUCUUGACAAGACUGCAUCAUACCAGAGAAAGAAAAGCAUUUGUGAUAAGUCAGAACCUUGUUGCAGCAGUGAGAAAAUGCCUACAGAAACUGUUGAUAUCACUGGCAGGUUUAUGACUUCAGGAAAGAAGAAAGCUCUGGUGAUCCGUCACCUGUAUAAUGAAGAUAAUAUUGACAUUCCUGAUGAUACAGUAAGUUCAGUAACAGAUGCUAGUGGAGAAUUUGAUGAGUCGGAUGAUGCAAAGACUACUGAAAUAAUGAUUCCCGAAGUAAAGAUCUGUGAAGUCAAGACUGAGCAAGAAGAUGUAAAAGUUAAUCCUGAGAUUAUUGCACUUCAGACGAUGCUUGCUGAGUGCCAAGAAAAGCUUAAGCAGUUGACUAGUAUGGAACAAAGGCUAUGCUGUGUGGAAGAAGCAAUGAAAGGGAAAGUUAUGGUAGAUGAAAAGACCUGGACUAAUCUUCUGAGUCGUGUCACUCUUCUUGAGACAGAAAUGCUUUUGUCAAAAAAGAAUGACUGUGUCACAUUUAAUGCAGCAAGUGAAGACUGCUCUUCUACUAGUGAUGUGGAUCUUCUGCCCUUUGUGUCAUCAGAUUCCACUCCUAGAGCCUCAACCAUUAAUUACUGUGGCUUAAAAGAGAUCUCAGAGGUAAGAAAAACUGACAAGUGCUUAGGUGAUUUCCUUUCUCAGGUCAACAGAAAAAAUAAGCAUUGGUUUUAGUUGUAUAUACUAUUGGCAAGAAAAAUAGCAAACCUGUAUAACUCUUAACCUCUCAAAAAUUAUUUAUGUCGAGUAAACAACACUUAAUGCAAUGUUUCAGAAUGUGAUUUAUAAGUUCAUGGUCCAUCUUUGAGGUUGGUUUACUUUGAGAAAUUGCCUAAAUUUGUUGCUUUUUAAAUUAAAGGAAACAACAAUCCAGAAAAUGGAAAGGAUGAAAAAAAUGUAAGUAACAGA